AUGACAAGAAGUGGCUGGCUCUUAGAUGCUCCAUUACAGCCAAUCAAGAAGGUCAUGCCUUCUAAGGACAAAGAGGCCGAGAAUUUCAAUGCAAAUGACCUAGAGAAGGACCCUGCCUCCUCUAAGGUCAAUGAUGUCGUGCAUGAGAUAAGUAAGGAUCCUAACUCUAGUGGUUUGGUUUCAACUAAUGUUCUUCCUCGUGUCCCCUUCCCCAAUAGAUUCGCAAAGAAGAAGAAUGAUGACUUUGAUCAAGCCAUGCUCAACAUCUUUAAGAGGGUAGAAGUGAACAUGCCUCUCAUUGAAUGCAUUCAACAAAUCCCGAAGUACGCUAAGUUUCUAAAAGAGUUGUGCACCAAUAAGAGGAUGACUCGAGAAAAGGAAGUGGUCACAAUGAAUGAGAUGGUUUCGAGCUUGAUAUUCUCUGCGGACUUCUAUGUCCUUGACAUGGAGCCAACUGAAGCAGAUGACAAUGAGGUCCCUAUUCUAUUGGGGUGUCCCUUUAUAAGGACUGCAAGAACGAAGAUUGAUGUGUUUAGUGGAUCACUCACCUUUGCGUUCGACGGUGAAGUGAUUAGCUUCAACAUCUUUGAAACCAUGAGUGGAUACAAUCAGAUUAGUGUUAUGGAGGAAGAUCAAGAAAAGACUACAUUCACAUGCCCUUUUGGUUCUAGAGAUCAAAUGCUGAUGCAUCCUGUCUUGACUGUUGAACUAUUUGAUUGUUGGGGUAUUGAUUUCAUGGGACCUUUUCCAAACUCUAAUGGUUUUUUGUUUGGUAUGCUAAGAGUAAUCAUUAGUGAUGGAGGAUCUCAUUUUUACAACCGGACCAUUGAGGCAUUGUUGAGGAAAUAUGGUAUCAAGCAUAAGGCUUAUAGAACCGCAUACAAGACUCCUCUUGGAAUGUCACCGUUUCGAUUAGUCUAUGGCACGGCGUGCCAUCUACCUGUGGAGCUUGAGCAUAAUGCAUGGUGGGCUGUGAAGAAUUUUAACAUGGACAUUGACGAGACCGGAUUGCAUAGGAAAUUGCAAUUGCAUGAGCUUGAAGAGAUUCGAAAUGAAGCGAUUAAGAGUGCAAUGAAUGGAAAUGAGUUCACGGUCAAUGGACAUCGCGUGAAGCAUACUAUGAGAACUUUGUGGAGCAUAACGUGGAUGAGACUUCUCUCCUUGAACCUACGGAAAACAAGUGAAUUUUUAGAGAUAGUGUAG